GGGACCCUGCCCGGGGGGCGGUGGGGCCGGGGGCGGCACUGACGGGACGCCGAGGUUCCCCCGUAGGUCUGUGCCGGUGGGGGACAGCAGGGUCCGACUCCGCCGAGGGCUCCGCCCGGCGCCACCAUGGGCAAGAAAAGCAAAUUGGGCAAGAGCCGGAGAGACAAGUUCUACCACCUGGCCAAGGAGACGGGCUUCCGCUCCCGCUCCUCCUUCAAACUUCUCCAGCUCAAUAGAAAGUUCCAAUUCCUGCAGAAGUCUCGAGCACUGCUGGACCUGUGCGCGGCCCCCGGCGGGUGGCUGCAGGUGGCUUCCAAAUUCAUGCCGGUUUCCAGCUUGAUCAUUGGGGUGGAUUUGGUCCCCAUCAAGCCCAUUCCCAACGUGGUGACGCUGCAGGAGGACAUCACCACGGAGAAGUGCCGCCAGGCCCUGCGCAAGGAGCUGCAGACGUGGAAGGUGGAUGUGGUGCUAAACGAUGGAGCGCCCAACGUGGGAGCCAGCUGGGUGCAUGACGCCUACUCCCAAGCCAACCUGACCCUCAUGGCCUUAAAACUGGCUUGCGAAUUCCUCUGCAAGGGUGGCUGGUUCAUCACCAAGGUUUUUCGUUCCCGGGACUACCAGCCUCUCCUCUGGAUCUUCCAGCAGUUCUUCCACAAAGUCCAGGCCACCAAGCCCCAAGCCUCCCGCAAUGAGUCUGCUGAGAUCUUCGUGGUGUGCCAGGGUUACCAGGCUCCGGACAAAAUCGACAGCAAGUUCUUUGACCCAAAAUAUGCUUUUAAGGAGGUGGAGGUUCAGACGAAGUCUGUUAGCGAGCUGAUCAGUAAAAAGAAGCCAAAGGCAGAAGGCUACGCAGAUGGCGACACGACCCUCUACCACCGCUUCACCCUGAUGGACUUCCUCAAGGCUCCCAACCCCGUGGACUUCCUCUCCAAGGCCAAUGAGAUCACACUGGGGGACAGUGAGCUGGAGAAUCACAGUUCCACCACAGAGGAGCUGCGUCAGUGCUGCAAGGACAUCCGUGUGCUGGGACGCAAAGAGCUCAGAGCCCUGCUGAACUGGAGGACCAAGUUGCGGCGGUUUUUGGCCAAAAAGCUGAAAGAGCAGGCAAAGGAGCUGGAUAUCAACCUGAGCUCCGGUGAAGAGGAGGAAGGCAAAGAGGAGGAGAAGAAGGAGAAGACGACGUUGCCAAGAGCCGCUGAUGAGGUGGUGAAAGAGGAAGAGGAGGAGGUAGAGCUGGCGUUGGCAGAGAUGAAGGUCAAGGAACUGGCAGAGUUAAAGAGAAAGAAGAAGAAGAUCCUGAAGGAACAGCGGAAGCAGCGUGAGCGUGUGGAGCUGAAGAUGGACCUCCCUGGUGUCUCCAUCGCUGAUGAUGGUGACACCAGCAUGUUCUCCCUCAAGACUAUCCACAGGACCCCGUUGCUAAACGAGGUGACCCGGGGGGACAUGGCAUCGGCAGAUGCCCUCCUGGAGAUAGGACAGGGGGAUGAUGACAUUUAUGUCUCGGAUCAUGAAGAAGAGGACGACGUAUCCCUGGCCAGCGAUCUGGAUCCGGAGGAGUUGGUUGAGAUAGAGGCCCGUCAGCGCCGGCUGGAGCGGGAAAGGCGAGAGCAGGGGGCAAAGAGGGCGAAGUUUAAGCAGAAGGAAGAGGAGGAGGUAGGGGAGGAAGAGGAGAAUCCCCUGCUGGUGCCCUUGGAGGAGAAAUCUGUGCUGGAGGAACGGCAGACCAGCCUGUGGUUCGGGAAGGACGCUUUUGCCGGCAUUGAGGAUGAUGCGGACGAGGACCUGGAGCUGGGGCAGUCGCAGAUGUUGGCUGAGAGACAGCGCGAGUCUCAGAGAGAGAAAGCAACAAGGAAAGGGCAGAAGAAGAGCGGGCCGCAGGAGGGAGCUCCAGCUGAGCCCCCGCCCGCCGCAGAUGCAGGACCCACGGCAGGUAAAGCACAGGAUGAGCAGAGCAACGACGAUGACGACAGCAGCAGCGACGAGGAGAGGCCGCUGACACCGGUGGGGAGGAAGCGGGGCCGUGUUGAGCCGGGUGGCUUCGAGGUGGUGCCCAUUGAGAACCCAGUGAAAAGAGCUCGCGUCCUGGACGCAGAGGGCCUGGCGCUCGGCUCCGUCAUCGCCACCUCCAAAAAGGCUCGUCGGGACCUGAUCGAUGACUCCUUCAACAGGUAUUCCUUCAACGAGGAUGAGGGAGAGCUGCCCGAGUGGUUCACAGAGGAGGAGAAGCAGCACCGGCGCAAGCAGAUGCCCGUGGACCGCCAGACGGUUGAGGCGUAUCGGCAGCGCUGGCGUGAAAUCAACGCCCGCCCCAUCAAGAAGGUGGCGGAGGCCAAGGCCCGCAAGAAGCGGCGGAUGCUGAAGAAGAUGGAGCAGAUGAAGAAGAAAGCAGAAGCCGUGGUGAGCACGGUGGAUAUCUCGGAGCGGGAGAAGGUGGCCCAGCUGCGGCGCAUCUACAAGAAGGCUGGGCUGGCCAAGGAGAAGCGGCAGGUCACCUACCUGGUGGCUAAGAAAGGCGUAGGACCCCGGGUGCGCCGUCCUCCUGGCGUCAAGGGCCAGUUCAAGGUCGUCGACAGCCGCCUGAAGAAGGACGUGAGGGCUCAGAAGCGCAAAGAACAGAAGAAAAAACGCCAUAAGUGAUGUGGGGCUGCCUCCGUCCUCGGCGAGGGACUCGGCUUGGUGCACGGGCAGGGCUGGCUCCUGUCCUCCCACGGGGGCCUUGGGAGCAGCCGGCUCACCCUGCCGCUCCCCAGUGUGGGGACAGGACUGUGACUCAGCCGUGCCUUGAUGGGACGUUGCCUCCUGUCCUCCCUUAUUUGGCCUCAGUGCUGUAGCAUCGACCCCCCACCCGUGCUCGCUGCGUGGCCGCAUCUCCAGCUUUCUCACCGUUGCUGGCUCUGCUGGGAGAUGUGCAGAGAGGACACGAGCACCCACGCGAGCCCUCGCUGUCCCCAGAGGGACUGUGACUCAGGGGAACAGCUCCCUGGGCCGUAUAUGUCACCGAGGCUGCAGGACAGUGAGUUCCAGGCCCUGAGGCAGGCGGCUGUCAGUGGUCUGCACCGAGCAGCUCCUCGAUUACAGCGGAAUUAAACCCUGUUCUGAGGCUGCA